AUGGGCAAGCACGGCAAGUGCAGCCACGACACGGAGGCGUGCUACCCGCCGGGGGCGGACGGCGGCAUGUACCCGUACAUGAUGGAGAGCCCGCAGCUGCGGUGGGCCUUCAUCCGCAAGGUGUACGCGAUCGUCUGCCUGCAGCUGCUGCUGACGGUGGCCGUCGCCGCCACGGUCAACCUCGUGGGCGCCAUCGGCGACUUCUUCCGAUCCCGCACCAUGGGCGCCAUCGCCGCCACCAUCGCCGUCAUCAUCUUCCCCAUCCUCGCUUCGCCGUGGGGCUCAGCUGCCUGUCGGCGAAGGGCCCGUCAUACUGGAGGCGGUGGUGAUCACCAUGGUGGUGGUGUUGGGGCUCACCGCCACACCUUCUGGGCGGCCAAGCAAGGCUACGACUUCGAGUUCCUGGGGCCAUUCUUGAUGGCCGCCGUCCUCAUCCUCAUGCUCUUCGGCCUCGUGCGGAUCCUCUUCCCCCUGGGAAAGACGGGGACCAUGGUGUACGGGUGCAUCGCCGCGCUUGUCUUCUCAGGCUUCAUCAUCUACGACACCGACAACCUCAUCAAGCGCUACUCCUACGACGAGUACGUCGCCGCCGCCAUCGAGCUCUACCUCGACGUCAUCAACCUCUUCCAGGCCAUCCUCGCUGUGAUCGAAGGCGUCGACUGA